AAGGAAGGAGAGAAAAUUAUGCCAAAACAAUCAGGAGACUAUGGAUUAGCAACGCAGUCUGGAGAGAGAUCGAUGGGCACUCAUCGUAAUCAGGUGGUGAACAUUCGAGGUCGUUUACCUCAUGAUCGCCGUACACACGGAGUACUUUGUUAUCAAUCUGGCACAAAUCUGUUCGCAUCACAGACCGGUAUGUCUGCGCCACCUGGUAUUGGAGCGGUGAGACAGGCUACGAUGGACAUUGAAGGGCUCGGAUUCACGUAA